AGAAGAUGCAGACGAAGUUCAUUUGCCUUCAAGAGCAAGCCAAGAAGACUUCAGGAAACAGGGAGCUCAGAAACAAAAGGAUGUUGUAUUAGAUGCAGGUCCUGCAGUGAGAAAAUCCACCUCCCUGCAAACCCAGAAGAAAGAGGAAGAGACCCGCAAGUGGGCAAGCACUCCCAAGGACGACGUCUCAGCCAUCCAGAGAGCCAUGGCUGCAGAGAACAAGGUUGCCAAGGCAACACGAACCCAGAGCAGGGCCAGGACAGCUCCUAAGGAAGAAACCAAGCCAAUAUCACCAUCACCUGCUGAUAUGCCUAAGAGACCUGUGACUGUCAUCCUUCGCCAUGGUGAGCAAGACCAAGCUGACAUCGAUCAUGAUGACCUUGAAGGGAAGGAGACUACUGAAGAGUUGAGUGCUUCGACCGACUCCUCAAGCCAUGACCCGCUGCUCAACUCUCAGAAUCUCGAUGACCUGAAGCUAGCCAUGGCCCUAGAGAAGGUCAAAGAUAUGGAUGCUAAGUCACAGAGGAGACUACUCAAGGUCCUUGGCAGGUUAGAGGACUCAACAAGCCCGAGAUCAUCCAGGAACACGCCUCGACGACACCAGCCACCAGGACAGUCAACUACAGAGGGCGCUGGUCACAGUGAUAUCUUCACAGGACCUAAGCUGGCUCCUCGCUCAAAGAGUGCAUCAAGCUCAAAGUCAAGCUCACUUGAAACGUCAUCUUCUGACCUUGAGGUCAUCAUUGAGAUCAACUCUAACUGGGGUCAUCCAUCUAGAGUAGGGGUCACAGAGGUGCAGUUCUUUGACCUCGAAGGUCAAAGGUUAACCCUCCAACCAUCAGGCCUGGAUGUUCGGAAUGCUUCAGAGAGCAAAGGAGAGCUUGCUAACAUUGUCAAUGCCAGGAUGAAGACUACAAAAGAAAGAAACAUGUGGAGCUGUGAGUAUGAGAAGGGUUCUCCAGUCUUACUGCUCUUCAGGAUACCAGCCUCUUCAGCAGGGAGUGGUAUCUCCAAAAUGAGGAUAUGGAACUUCAACAAGACUCUGAAGGAUUUGAGCAUUGGUAUCAAAGAGGCCAGGAUACUUCUUCAAGAUAAGACUAUAUGGGAAGGAACAUUGGACAAGGGGUGUGGAAACCAAGUCUUUGAUUACAGUACAACCAUUCCUAUACCCAUAGAAAAUGCAACUACUAAAGACAUUCUAGGUAACAGUGUUCCAUCAAAUGCAUCAAACCAGGAAAAACAAAUUGCAACAAUGAAUCCAAAUGUACAAAGAACUGAGCAAUCAAAACAAGUGAAAAAUGUGGAGCAGAGGUUGCAUGGUGCUGGUGACAAGAACCUAGGAAGCAAGCAGCCUCAGUCAAAGUCACUGGAAGGGAGGUUGUUGAAUCCAAACAAGAGCAACUCAAACAGCAAUGGGAAUGAGGAUGAGGAUGGGAGCGGAGAGUUACGCCGGAGCAUAGCAUUUGAUAUAGACCUGGAUCUGUUCCCCUCCAAAGUAAAACCAGCCCAAGAUGCUAAGUUGGAUCAGACUUUGAGCAGGGACUUGACUCAGACGCUCAUUGACAAGAAAAAGACUAAAGGGCAAACAGUUUCUAAGCCUAAACCUUCAAGUGCCGCAGAACCUCAAAAACCACAUUCUAGCACGUCUUCAGCCCCUAAAGGGGAAAACCCCAAGAUUAGUGUAGACCCAAAACAUGCUACUCCAGCCUUGUCUGAAUCUGUGGAGCCUUCUGUGAAGGAUUCCGUUGGAGUUAGUCAAGACCUUGGACUGAGACCCAGUGUCUCGGAAAGCUUUAACCCUGAGGACCCCAGGCAGACCAUUCGAUGUGAGACCAGAGUACUGAUGCGGUCCACCGAUACCAGUCUAGAUCUACCGGUGGUGGAUGACAGCAUUCAGAUCUAUGCAUCACCAAACACCUCCCUCGAUGCAAGCAGAGAGAAAACUCCUCUUGCCGAUGAUGAUAUAACUCCAAGAGCAGUUCCCAUGGCGAUGUCAUCGUCUCCAAACAAGAAAGCUACUGCUAGUGAGCAGGAUACCAGUUUUGACAAGGAGGAACCUUCCAUGCUCGAUCAACUUAAAGAGUUGACUGGCAAACAACCUAAGAGUGAGCGCCCUCUCAAUGAAAAGCCUUCGUGGCUCAAAGAGGAUUCAAAGAAAAAGAGGGCAACCAAACCAAAACAGAAGAAACCACCAUGGCUGAAUUUAUUAGAUGAUGAAGUCAAUAAGAGCGAUAGCAGUAUCCCAGAAGAGGAAGAGGCUGACCCUCUGGAUACAGGCAACCCCUGGCCUGGGAUGCUGAGACGAAGCUCUGCUGAUAGGAGACCUUCCCAAGAGAUCCUGGACUAUGAUGAGACCACUUUGGAACCGACAGGGAGGAGGAGCAGGAACCAGGCCCCAAAUCAACCCAAGAUAGCAGCAAUGGCCGAUGACAUGGAGGAGCUGCGAUGGCGACAGAAGGCCGCGGAGGGCGGUAUGAGUGACGAAGAUCACAUGUCGCCCCCGGCCAGGUUCGACAAGCGCCCUCACCAGUCAAGAAGCCACCAGGAGUCGAGCUUAGAACAGUCGUGGACAUCACUGUCUCUGUUUGACAAGUUUCAAAAGGGAAGACUAGCAUCGAAUGUGAACCUCGAUGUAGAAGGUGAUGUUCUAGAUACCAUCUUGUCAGGCAGAAGAUCUAAGACUCAGGAGGAGGAGGAUGCUGAUAAUGAUGAUACUAGCAGUGAGGAAUUUGAGAUCCCUCUCUUACCUGUUGGGCACUGCAUGACGAUUAACAUCAAGACGACGUGGGGAGAUCGUCACUAUGUUGGUCUCAAUGGAAUAGAGAUCUUUCAGAGUAGUGGAGAACAUGUUCAAGUCUCCAAGGUUACUGCAGAGCCUUCUGACCUGAACAUGUUACCUGAACACACCAACGACCCAAGGGUUGUGCUGAAUCUGAUUAAUGGUGUGAACUGCACCAGGGAUGAUAUACACAUGUGGCUUGCUCCGUUCACACCAGGCAGGGUGCAUCUUAUCACCAUGACCUUUGACCAUCCUGUCAAGGUCGCCAUGAUCAGGAUAUGGAAUUACAACAAGUCCAGAAUACAUUCCUUCAGAGGUGCCAAGGAUAUAGAGAUAUCUCUAGAUGACAACAACAUCUUUAAAGGAGAAAUUUCAAGGGCAUCAGGGGCACUUCAGGGAGACCCCAGCUCAUUUGGCGAUACCAUCUUGUUUACAGAAGAUGAAGAGAUCUUAGAACUAAUCUCUAAGAAUGAUGAGGUAUAUGUGGCAGCGGAGGAUUGGUUUAGCUCCAGCAUGGAUGAUGAUGCGGCCCCGCCCACUAGACCACGCACGGCUGAUGUCAGUGAGGUAGGAGAGACCAAUGACGACUGCCCGGCAGAACAGAGCCCGUCCCGCAAAAUCAGAACCCACGCUGGUAGAGUCUGGCCGACCAGGGGGAAGUCCCCUCCUCCCAAGUCCCAUGAUACCACUACCAGUGACCACGCCCUGCACAGGGCCGAUCCUGGAGCAGAGUCCUCAUGGAUGACCCAACCACAGGAUGCAGUGUUCAGAGGCAGAUAUCUGAAGCUGAACUUCACAGUGACCUGGGGAGAUAUCUACUACCUCGGCAUGACCGGUCUCGAGAUCAUGGACAUCGAAGGUGAUGCCAUCCCCAUGACGAUGGACAUGAUCGACGCCUACCCUCGUGAUCUCAAUCAACUACCAGACUAUGGCACUGAUGACAGAACGUUGGACAAACUCCUAGACGGUACCAAUGUAACAUCAUCGGACGAGCACAUGUGGAUGAUUCCAUUCUCUGAAGGGGGAGACCAUUUUCUCACCGUUGACUUUGGGAGGGAAGUACAGAUGACUGGGCUGAGGAUAUGGAACUACAACAAGUCACCUGAAGAUACUUACAGAGGGGCAAAGAUAGUACACGUCUGGAUAGACGGACAGCAGGUCUCACCAGCAGAGGGCUAUCUCAUCCGCAAGGGACCUGGGAAAUGUUACUUUGACUUUGCUCAGGACAUCAGCUUCGUCAGCCAGACAAACUGGCAAGCUGUCGUUGGACGGCAACAGAGGGCAGUGCCGGAUUCACUCAGGCAAAGCCAAGUUGCGUUAGAGGUUCCCAGUCAGGAAUAUAUACCGAUGCAUAUGCCGUGUGGAUUUGUUUUCCAGCUUCAGCUCCUGUCGACCUACGGUGAUCUCUACUAUGUGGGACUGAAUGGAUUGGAGUUUUACGAUGCACAGGGAGAAAAGAUGGAGCUCACCGAAUCAAACAUUGCUGCCUACCCACCCAGUGUGAAUGUACUAGAGGGUGUAUCAGAUGACACCAGGACCCCUGAGAAGCUUAUUGAUGGGGUCAACAACACUGUGGAUGGAGGUCAUAUCUGGCUUGCCCCCAUCCUACCAACUGUCAUCAACCGUGUGUAUGUGAUAUUUGAUGAGCCUGCUACUGUGUCUAUGAUCAAGCUGUGGAACUACAGCAAGACUCCGACCAGAGGAGUCAAAGAUUUUGGGCUGUUGGUAGAUGACUUGCUGGUAUAUCAAGGUAUCUUAGGUCAGGUGACCUCGGCAGCCAGGGGUAUCUUACCCAGUAUGGAUGUACCUAUCCCAUACCACACCAUCCUGUUCGCUGACAAUGCAGAACUCAGGAGAAGGGAGCGGCACACCAUUCUCCAGAAUCAGCAACAGGAACAGGAUGUCCAGAUGACCGAUGAUCAUCAAGUCAUAGCCCACUUCAAAAACCCUAAGAAGUCAACCAACAAGACAGUAGAUCAAGCUCUGAGACCCAAGACAAGCGUCAAUCCACAGGGUACCACUAGGAGAAGAUGAUUUUGGCUUCAAGGACCUCACUAUAGUGCAGCAAUGGUUUUUAGACAGUAGAUGUGUGCAUAAGAAGUUCUCUCACUCUCGCCAUAGUGCAAUGUUGUUAGGUCAUUUCGCUCUCCUUAUGAAAAUAUGAGCAUACCCAUGGAUCAAAUUGAUGAUCUGCCAUGCCUUACAUUUCACCCGGAUUUAUUUGAAAAAGAAAACAUAUAUUAUUGAGGUAUGUAUUGUUUUGUUUUUUGGAUGGACCAUAUUGAACACCUGUAAUAAGAAAAAAACAGAUCUAUGACUUUCACAGACACUGUUUUUCAACAAGUGUGCAUGAAGGAAGUUGUUCCAGUGUUAUUGGUUUGUUGGUUAAAAUUGAAAGUAUGAAUAUGUUAAGAAACAAAAAAUUACUUUUUAAAAUUCUUAACUUUGUCCUCCACACAAAAUUAUAUAUAUUUGUACAUUAGUUAAAUAUUAAAUUCAUCAUUUUUUAUGUACAUGUAAGUACAUUGAAUUGUUUUAGAUUGUGAUAUAAAUUACAUUUGUGCUAAAUAAUAGUAAAGACCUGUACAUAAGAUUAAUAUUUAUUGAUUUGAGCAAGUUUUGUGAAAAGUAUCCGUCCUUCUGAUAGAGUUAGAAUCAGAAUGAAUGAUUUCUUAGAUAUGUGCCAAGUAAUGUAGCGUACAGGAAUAUGCAUUCAAAUUUUGUAUUCAGACAAAACUAGUGCAUCUAUGUAUAAGAGAUAGUAUUAGCUUUUUAUCAUUUGUACAAUACAAUCUCAUUGGAACAGACCCAAUGGGACUUGUUAUAAUUUUAAGCCUUGUUAUAAUUUCAGGGCUUCAAAAAACAGAUUACAAAGAAGCUGGACAGACAAAAUUACUUUACUAGAACAAGUUUAUGAGUUUCUUAUGACCGUGUUUGCAGUAAAGAGGUUCCACUGUACAUGUUGCUGAUGGACACGUGAUAAUGUUGCACCAAGUACUAUAUAUGAAGAUCAAACAGUACAUGUAAAAUAUUAUAAUGUAUUCGUCUCUAAUUUUCACUGUCUUUCACUAAUAGAUAUAGUGCCUUGGACACAACACCUUUUUGUGACUUCUUUUUUUAACGUGUUAGAUUGCAACUGAAUAGUUUUUAAUAUGAUCUUUAAUAAUCACUAUAUAUGCACUGUGAAAUCUAUAAUGCCUUGCAUUUUAAUGCUUUUAUGGUUAAUGUCGUAACAAAGAAUACACUACAUGUACAUGUCAUUUGAAAAUAAAACUGACAUUUUGUGAAGAAGUAUGUAGCAUUGGAAAGUACUGGACCCAAUCUAUUCUUCAAAUGUAAAAUUGUGAUAUUUUAAGCUGUUCCUGAAAUUCUAUGUGAAAGUAUUUGUACUAGUCAACCUUGAUAUAUUGAAUUGUGGUGGCAUACUCUUGAUGUAGAUGAUAUGCAUAAACUUUGGUCAGUACCAGGUAGACUAGAUUGCAAGUAUGUAUAUACCUCUCCAAAACAUAGUUUGGAGGAGCACACGCAAUUUGGGGUUAUGCAAAUUCAAAAAGCUGCAUGAGUAAUGUUCUUGCAAAAUACUGCAGUGUCUACGUGACAUAAUUGUGAUAAGUAUUCAUAUACGUCACCCCAAAUUUGAAGAUUUUUUUUCUUCUAAUUUAAUGUUUCCUUGUGCGACAGAAAUGUAUAUGUGCAUAUACAUGUAUAUUAUAUAUACUAGUACUCCACGAAACAGAUUUUUCACCUGGAAUGAUAAGAAAAAAUGCACAUUGUAAACUUCAUCUGUUUAGAGCCAGAAGGACGUUGACUCUAUGCUAAAGUAUACUUCUUUGCUCCAAACAGAAGGCUUGUUCACCUGGCUACGUCACACAAUGUGGGCCAAAUGGCUGUUGUAAGUCCUGUCUGAGGGUUGUUCAGAACAAGGCAUGCAUCAUGCAUACUAAUAUAUGAAAAGACCGCAUAGAAAAUAAUUAGGUACAUGUUUCACUUUAAAAUUUCACAAGUCAAAUACGGUAUGCCUAGAGUUGCGACUUAUACUUUGUAGUACUUGUAUGUUUGCUUAAGGUCUUUACAAAAGUAUAGAUAAAUCUUGCUAGAAAAAAAUCGGAACUGAAUUUAAAAAAAUAAAAUUACAAUGCUAAACAUUUUGCCUACAUGUAGAUGGUAAUAUAUUAGAGUGUUUUAACUUGAAGCAAGUGUAUUCCAAUGCAGAGUAGCAGAAUGUAUCCAUAUGUGUACAUGUGAACAGUACAGUAUUCAGAGUUCAGAAACUCAUCUGCAGAAUGUAUGUGUGUUGUAUUCCAUGUAUCAUUGUGUGUAUGUGUUGUGGUUGUGUUGAUGUGCUAGAUUGCAUUUGAUAAUGAACAGAACAUGUACAACACCUUAAA